AUGUUCCUGGCUAACAGAAAUCAGAGUUCAGUGACCAUGUUCAUCCUCUUGGGCUUCUCAGACUUCCCACACCUCCAGGCACCUCUCUUCUUGGUGUUUUUGGUCAUCUACACAAUUACUGUGGUGGGGAACCUCGGCAUUAUUAUGGUGGUGAGGAUCAAUCCCAAGCUGCAGACACCCAUGUACUUUUUCCUCAGUCAUCUCUCAUUUUUGGAUAUUUGCUACUCCAGUGUAUUUACCCCCAAACUGUUAGAAAUCUUGGUCGUAGAAGAUAGAAGCAUCUCCUUCAAAGGAUGCAUGAUUCAAUUUUACUUUAUUUGUGCCUUUGUGAUUACGGAAAUGUUCAUGCUAGCAGUGAUGGCCUAUGACCGUUUCGUGGCUGUAUGUAACCCUCUGCUCUACACUGUUGCUAUGUCUCGUAAGCUCUGUACACUCUUGGUAGCUGCAACCUACACGUGGGGUGGACUUUGCUCCUUAACAAUCACAUAUUCUCUUUUAGAGCAGACCUACUGUGGUCCUAACAUCAUAAAUCACUUUGGUUGUGAGUAUUCUGCUAUCCUCUCCUUGUCCUGCUCUGAUCCUUCCUUCAGUCAGUUGGUAUGUUUCAUCAUUUCCACAUUCAAUGAGACUACCAGCCUCUUCAUCAUCCUUGCUUCCUAUGUUUUCAUUGUUGUCACUAUCGUUAGAAUGCCUUCCACAGGUGGACUUCGCAAAGCCUUCUCCACCUGCGCCUCCCACCUGACGGCCAUCACCAUAUUUCAUGGGAUCAUCCUUGUUCUCUACUGCGUGCCCAACUCCAAAAGCUCAUGGCUCCUGAUCAAAGUGGCUACGGUUCUUUUUACAGUCAUGAUCCCUAUGCUGAACCCCCUUAUUUACAGCCUUAGGAAUAAAGAUGUGAAAGAAACAGUCAGAAAUGUCAUCAGCUCCAAACUUCUUUCUUAA